ACCAAAUGAGUAAAGCGGAAAACAGCUCCUUAUAAAUACAAAUCUGGAAACCAAGAGAAGGAAAAUUUCAACAACAGCAUCAGGUGACCAAGGGACGAAGUGACUUUAAAAAAGAUUGAAAAACAGAAAGGGAAGCGACGUCUUACCAACCAGAAGCAAUACGAUGAAUUCUGAUUCCAGCUCUGUUUCCAGCAGAGCGUCAUCACCAGACAUGGAAGAGAUGUAUCACAGAGAUCAACAGCUCCGCGACGCGAGAUUCAACUCCGUGUCUUCCUCUCAGAACGAGCUGCUCCAGAAGAUGACAAGCGAGCACCUCUCCAGUCUAGAGGAACACAUGUCAGGGGGAAGCAAGUACAAACUUAAGAAGCAGGGCUCAGAGCAAGACGUUCAGCAGCUCCGCCUGAAAAUCAAUGGGCGGGAGCGCAAGAGGAUGCAUGACUUAAACCUGGCCAUGGACGGCCUGAGAGAGGUUAUGCCAUAUGCGCACGGACCUUCGGUGAGAAAGCUCUCCAAAAUCGCCACCCUGUUGCUCGCCAGAAACUACAUCUUGAUGCUCAACAGCUCCCUCGAUGAGAUGAAAAGACUGGUGGGCGAGAUUUACGGUGGGCAUCACUCCGCUUUUCAUUGCGGGACAAUAGGUCAAACCGGUUGUCACCCAGGACACUCGAACCCCCCUCACCAAGUCCUCCCGCUGCUGAGCAGUGCCAUGUCAUCUACCACCACGUCUACCCUCUCCGCAGCUUUACCAGGACUUACCUCAAUCCGAGCACCCCAUUCCCUACUGAAGACAACACCCACACCUCCACUCCAACUGGGCAGCAGUUUCCAACACUGGGCAGGUUUACCUUGUCCCUGUACCAUUUGCCAGGUACCACCACCUCCACUUUCUGCUCUUACUUCUACUGCCAUGACAAGACUCUCAUUACAAACAAAAGACUUAGUAAAGUAAGAUGUGAAUGUAUACAUAUAUACAAAAAGACUGAAACUGAAACUAAACAUGUCAUUAUAUAUGUUGUGCGUCAAGAGAAUUGGAACAGGACACCGCAACAAGAUAUUCGAUAUGUAUUUACAUGCAUGCUUCUUUUGAAAAAUACAGGGCUUUUUUUUUUAUCACGUUAAGCCAAAAUUGUGUUUUAUUUAUUUUAAGUAUUUGAACUACUUAU